AGAAUAAAAUGGUUUAAUGAUGUUUCUGCCAUUACUCUACCCAAACAGUUCAAAUGCUUUCAACCUGUCAAAUAAUAGAUCAGUACCAUACUGCAUGUGGCCUUUCCCAUACGAAAUUCCCCAUCCCCCCUGGUCCCCCCACCCCCACCCACCACAGGCCCAUCAAGGUGGAGGACAGGGAGGGUAUCCACUUCCUCCCUACCCACCAAUAUCUCAACCUUAUUGGUCUCCUCAACUAAAUUCAAGUGUCAAUGAAAAAAGCUUCUCUCCCUGGCAGCCUGGAGAUGCGUAUAGUACUGAGGAGGAGCCCCUAUCUCCCUACUGGAUGGGUCCCUACGGUCCAUACAGUCCCUAUGGACCUUGGAGAGCUGGGGAACAAAUUAGGGAAUAUGAUCAUAAAACAAGACGCUGGUAUUAUCACUCUAUCCCAGGAUUUUUUCAAUAUUUAAUUGAUUUAAAUUUUUGAAAUAGGUAAUUACAACU